GCGCGGAGGGCUCCCUCGGGGUCCCCGCAGGCCGGCACUCGAGCGGCCAAGGCGCGAUGGAGGCGCCGGCGGAGCUGCUGGCCGCGCUGCCUGCGCUGGCCACCGUGCUGGCGCUACUGAUCGCCUGGCUGCUGGUGCGCCGAGGGGCGACCACCGCGAGCCUGGGUCCCUCCCGCGCGCCCCCGGAGCCCGCGCCCCCGGCCGAGGCCAGCAGGGCCCCCGCGCCGCCCAGCCCCUGCGCCCCGGAGCCGGCGGCCGCGCCGGCAGGGCCUGGGGAGCCUGAGGAGCCCGCGGAGCCGGGAGAGCCCGAGGGGCCGGGGGAGCCCACAGCUGCUCCAGUCGAGGCGGAGGAGCGGGCGGCGGAGGCGAGGCAGGAAGAGGAAGAGGACUCGGACACCGAGAAGGGCCCACCCCAAGCAGAGCCCGAAGAAGAGAAUGGAGAGACCUUCUUUAAAUACAGCCCUGGGAAACUGAGGGGGAACCAGUAUAAGAAGAUGAUGACCAAAGAAGAGCUGGAGGAGGAACAGAGGAUUGAGCUGACCUCUGACCUCACUUCCCUGUAGCAAGUUCCUUAGGUCCUGAGCCACAAAUAUUCUUGCAAAUCCUUUUGAACUGAAGAAUAACGGAGUUAUCCUUAGCCUCCUCCUAAAGGCCUUUCCUUUUGGCAUCUUAAAAGCUUGAGAUUAAAUGGAAAGCCCCAGAAAGGUGCCCAGGCAGCUCCGGGGUGCCUCCCGCCUCCAUGGAUCUGCUGAGCAAGACCCCCAGUCAGGACUUUCCCCUUGUCUAGCAGGGUCCAGGGACUGCCUUUGACUCUGCCUUGUUCAGAGUCAUUCGUCCCCAUGUAUGUGGGUUGCUUUGUUAAGCUGAAGGGUUUUAAGAAUUUGAGCUCAGCCCCUGGUCUUUGAUUUUUCUUACCAUUCAGAUUUGCUCCCCACACACCCUUCAAACCUUAGUUCCCACCAGUUCCAGCAGCUUCUACUUAAAACCAGAGUAUGGGUUCAUUCCGGCCCUCACUGAAGCCAGACCAUGAAAGACCUUGAGGUCGGACAGACAAAUGAGGCAGAGUUCACCUGCGCUCACCUGAGCUGACCUGAGCUACCUGAGCUGACCAGCUCUAUCAGGGCUGUGCCUCUUCCCCUGGGGGGCGCCAUCCCUCUUUCUGGCUGGCUCAGUAGGGGGUGUGAAGACACCAUAUUGAUUACUGGGCAGCAGAGAAGCAGUGCUAGGAACUGACUUGGUCAUUGUCCUGAUUUUCCAUCUAGAGGAGGUUUGGAUCCAGUCUUUUCUUCACUGAGCUUAUCAGCUUAGCCAAAUCUCCACCUUUGCUUUGGCAGAAGCAAUAAUAAUGUUAGCUUAAAAUAGCUCUGACUAUACCUCUUCCUAGAGGGUUUCAUAGAUUAUUAAGAACUUCACUUACGUAAUCAGGCAGUACCAGACUGGUUUCUUGGAAUUUUAUAUUUGACAAUAUUUAUACUAUAUCAAAUUAAUUUGUUUAAAUUUGUUUAUUAAGUCUUUUUUAAAAGCAGUAAGUUUAUAGACAUUUUUUUCAUUUAAUGGAAGGCUGGGAAAUGUCCAAUGUCCACUCUUAGGGCGUGCAUUUCCAGUGGCCUUCUCUUUUGGGUCUGAUACCUUAGGUUCAGGGCUUAGAGCAGAACAGACAAUGAAAGAACAGCCACGUAGUAAAUGCCUGCUACAUAGAACCACGUGAUGAAGAGAGAAUGUACUCUUGUGUACCCAAACAGCAAUCGUGAUAGCCUAUCCAGGCUAGGAUCUUAUUGUUACAAUGAGUGGUGACUCCCUCCAAGUGUAAUUACCUAGGUUUAUCUGGAAACUUUCUGAUCAUUGAGGCUUCCUAUACUCCUGAUGGUUUAGAGCUCUGUAAUCAGCCUUUGUUCAGUCCAAUAAACUUUAAGUAGAUGAUCUCGA